AUGUCUCCGGCGCGUCCGUGCAAGGGACUGAGGGCCGCGGUGGCUGCCAGCGUGGGGUUGAGCGAGGGGCCGGCGGGCUCCGUUCGGAGCGGCCGCCUUCUCCGCCCUCCGAGUCCCGCUCGGGCGGUGCCGGGGGCCCGGCUGUUGCGGCUCCCGGGGAGAGGGGCCGUGCGGGCCGCAAGCCCGGAGCGCGCCGGUUGGACCGAGGCGCUGCGGGCUGCCGUGGCCGAGCUGCGCGCCGGCGCCGUGGUGGCCGUCCCCACCGAUACGCUGUACGGCCUGGCCUGCUCGGCGACUUGCUCCGCAGCACUGGGCAAUGUGUACCGCCUUAAGGGCCGCAGCGAGGCCAAGCCGCUGGCUGUGUGCCUGGGCCGCGUGGCCGACGUCUACAGGUACUGUCAUGUGAGAGUACCCGAGGUGCUCCUGAAAGACCUAUUGCCAGGACCAGUGACCCUGGUGAUGGAACGCUCAGAGGGGCUCAAUAAGGACCUGAACCCCUUCACUCCUCUUGUAGGCAUCCGAAUUCCCGACCAUGCUUUCAUGCAGGACUUGGCCCAGAUGUUUGGGGGACCACUUGCUCUCACCAGCGCUAACCUCAGCUCCCAGGCCAGUUCUCUGAAUGUCGAGGAGUUCCAGGACCUCUGGCCUCAGCUGUCCCUGGUAAUUGAUGGGGGACCAAUUGGGGAUGGCCAGAGCCCUGAGUGUCGCCUGGGCUCAACUGUGGUUGACUUGUCUGUGCCAGGAAAGUUUGGCAUCAUUCGUCCAGGCUGUGCCCUGGAAAGUACCACGGCUGUUCUCCAGAAGUACGGGCUGCUCCCCUCGCACGGAUCCUGCAUGUGAAACUUGGGAGGCAGGAGGGCCUGGGGACUGAUGCUGGACACCAUGUGUCUGUCCGCUGGUGGCUGGCAUGGCCUCAUUUGCAGAGGCCACUGGGGCUAGUGUCGCUAGUCUGAUGCUUUUCAGGCAGUUUGUCUUUCUGAACUUUGUAGACCGGGCCCCAGAAGUUGCUGGUAUAGCCUCACACCCCAGGAAGGGCGCUAUAUUUAAUUUUAUAUGUCAGCCAAAAGCUGAUUAGAGACCUUAAGAACAUUCCUAGGAUGCUCUUAAUUCUGAUAACUUUCUUCUUCUCUCUUUUUAAAAAUUUUUGAAAUGCAACUUAAAUAACAUUUGGAAUCCAGUGAGAGGUGGUGGCAUUUGAGGUCCAAAUAAGCUAGAGCUGUUGGUGCUGUUUAAAAGUCUCAAGUGACCAAAGACAUGAGCGUUCAUGCCUCCUGAGGCGAGAACCAGGUUAAGUUAAAGGUUGUAGAGCCACAGGCCCAACGCCGUGUCCUCUGAGCCAGGAGCCGGCGGCGCUCUGCUUGUCUGGCGGAGGGUCGUCCUUGUGGUCCGAUGAUGGAAUGUCAGCCCAGUUGGCAGGGGGUGAGGGCAGGCCGCGGGGUAUCCAAAUUAAAGCAUAUUGGAAAAUCUCUACUCUCUCUUUCAGACACGAAAUAAAUUAUAAUUAAUUAUACCUGUAAUACCUUUAUUUAAGUCUGUGUGUACAUAUGAAUACAGCCUUCAUCUGUAUUUAUAUGUAUCCCAAGCAUGAAACAUAAGUAUUGUUGGGCAUUUGAACUUUGUUUUUCUUUAAUAGAAAAUAAUGCUGCUAUUAAACAUCUUUGAAAAUGG